AAACUACUCACGGUUGGAUAUUAGAUGCAUCAUUUGAUGUUUGUCUCUUCUCAUUUAUGCCUUUACUUUGAAGUUUUCCUAUUACAUUGUAUUGUUCUCUGUGUUAUCCGCUGUAUUGUGGCAUUUAAGUUCAUUCAUGUUAUACGCAUGUUUGGUGCUUUGUUUGUUUGUUUUUAAUAAAUGAAGAAACUGGGGGAAGCCGUUGUCCUAUUCGUAACCCUCCGUAACCAAGCCUGGCAAUGGCGUAAACACCCUGAACUAUGCCUAAGAGCCUGUACUCAGGGCAAGAAAACUGUACAGACGCAUGGAAUUGUGGGUAAUACAUGGCUGCCCCCUUUCCUCGUUCCUUGGCCUGCCUGACUGAAACCUUUAGCUACAUAACAGUGGACAUCGUCAUUUUAAACAUUAGUUGUGAAGAUGUCUGGAAAUCCCCAGAAGGAGAGCGUCUCUGGAAAUGCGCUCACAGAAGCAGAAAUACUGAAAAACAAAUACGAGAAACUGCCUGCCAUUGAACGGAAGUUAUUCUUGUAUGGACCCCUCUACCUGGGGAUAAACGCUGGCUUUGUAGGAUUGAUAUCCAACAGCUUGUACCGCAGAGCCCUGAAUGUCACACAGGCACCCAUCGCCUCCAGCCUACCGAUGGCCGUGCUUCCUUUCUUGACCACAUAUGCCCUGUACAAUGUGGCGGUGUCCCUCCCCCUCCUGUCCGAUGACCUCAACUGCGGUCCCUGUGCCAUGGUACGGGGUGCACUUAUUGGCGUGGUCAGUGGUGGUUUGUACCCCACCCUACUGGCCUUACCCGUGAAUCUUGGCCUUGCAAGCAGGUACAACACAGCACCGAUGCCGCAGAAGGGCAACAUGCUCCGGUAUUGGGUGGACCUAUCCAGACCGAUCUUCCGAAAAAUGAGGCCAGUUUUUCUGCUUCAAGCCGUCUUCGGCACCUACCUGGGCUCCAGGCACUUUGAAGCCUUCACCAAACUGACCCAGAUAACAUCUAGCCAUGGAGAGAACCUCAAAGGCUGAAACUUACUGAACUGAACCUUAAAAUAAACAUGAUUUGUUACCAUUUAACAUGGAAUAAGUCAGAUGUUUAAUCCAGAAAUAAACCUUUGUUGCUACCUUUAUAAGAGUUCUGGUGUGUAAAAUUCGAGAUUAAACUAUUUGCAUACAUUGCUUUUUGUCAACAUUGAGAUGAAAAAAAAAUGCUGUACUAGUUCUAGCCUUGCAAAUGUGCCGGGCUUUUCUCCGCUUCAUUUUAAUUAUAAGACUUGGCAUGGAAAAUUGUAAUGGGAAGUCCACUGUUUUGUUAUAUGCUGUAGACAAAACAAUUUUGACCAGUUAGUUUAAAAGAACUGUUAGUUCCAGUUAUUUUAAAAUCGUGUUUAACAUGGGAUUGCAUGUGGCUUUCAAGUUCCUGAUCUUUGGAGACUAAACUUUGAAUUAUGACUGGAUUUCAAGUCUGUCUAUAGAGCUGGACUGUCGCAGCAUUUAAGGUGUUUAAUGUGUACCCCAUUACUUAAAAUUUCCACUUGCAAAUUAGAUCAAAUGGUUGUAAAUCA